AUGAAGAUGCACUUCUGCAUCCCGGUGUCCCAGCAGCAGCCAGACGCGCUGGGUGGCCGCUACGUGUUGUACUCCGUGUACCUGGACGGGUUCCUCUUCUGUAAAGUACGCUACAGCCAGCUGCACCGCUGGGAUGAACAGCUGAGACGGGUGUUUGGGAACUGCCUGCCCCCUUUCCCACCAAAGUACUAUCUGGCAAUGACUACCACUAUGGCGGAGGAGAGGAGGGGCCAGCUGGAACGCUACCUGCAAAAUGUAACCGCGGAUCCCCGUGUGACAGGGAGUGACGUCUUCACUGAGUUUUUAACACUGGUGCAGCUGCAAACACUGAACAUCACCACCAAGAACGUUGCACUGGCUGUCUUUCUGCCUGACGGAAGGAGCAUUAACGUGGAAGGUCUAACAUCAGAUACUGCUGAAAGGGUCCUCGAGGUGGUGGCACACAAACUUGGACUGCAUCCAGAGCUGGUGGGCUACUUCGGCCUUUUUCUCAUCCAGUGUUUCCCGGAGGGCAGGCUCUCUGUGGUGAAGAAGCUGGCUGAUUUUGAGCUGCCUUACACUAGUCUUCAGAGUUCUGAAGUGGAAAACUGUAAAAUCGGACUCAGAAAGUGGUACCUGGACCCAGCAAUGGAUUCCAUGUUGAUGGACUGCAGAGCAGCUGGGGACUUGCUGUACAUGCAGGCAGUGCAGGACAUUGAAAUAGAAUGGAUGAAACCCACACAGGCUCAGAGGGAGGAAUUAAAAGCGCUGCAGAAGCAAGAGAAUCAAACAAAGUUUUUGGAGCUGUCCCAGAAGGUCCAGCACUAUGGGAACAUUCAACUGGAUCCCUGUACCUGCAACCACCCGGAACCUGGCUGUGGGGUCCUGCUUUCCUUUGGCAAUAAUGAGAUCAGCUGCCAUAUAACCCUGCCGGACGGUCAGACCCAGGACAUUGUUUUCCAGAUGAGCAGAGUGAGGUGCUGGCAGGUCACUUUCCUUGGAGCUCUGCUGGAUACUGAUGGGCCCCAGCGAACUCUCAACCAGAACCUAGAGCUGAGAUUUCAGUACAGUGAAGAGAGUCGCCAGCAGUGGUUUGUUAUUUACAGCAAGCAGGCUUUCUUCCUGAGCAGCUGCCUGAAGAAGAUGGUCUCAGAGAAGAUGGCAAAGCUCACUGAGGAGAGCCCAGAAAUGCAGAUCGAGGUUCCAGAUCAAGGCAGAAGUAAAAAGCACCCGGGCCAACCCAGCCAGCAGAAAGACUAUUUUAAUUUUCUGAGAAAAGGCAAGAUGAAGAAAUCCGAAGGUGACUAUGUAUGGGGCACUCUAACAGAAGAAGGUCUCUGAAGGAGUCUCGUCUUUACGGUGCCAGCGUGUGGGGUGGGAGAUGGCUUCCCACAAUUUAGAUAUUUCUCGACUUCUCUCUUUCUUUGACAUUGAGGUCUCCUCUGUUGAUCAAUCUACCUUCUACACUCCGUAACUCUCAGGGUUAAAACGGUGUAGGGAACAAAGUUGUAGAGUUGGCCUAAGUGGCAGGUGGCAGGUGGGCAGGUUCCAAUCAACCAACGGGAGGUUUUUUUUUUUCCUCUAAGAGAGAUUUGUAUCUGGCUCUGUGAAGCCCUUUGUAUGUUUUGGUAUUGCAGGGAUAAAAAGCUUGCUCUAAAUUCUAGGAAUGCAUUUGGCACGGAAGUAGAUUUACCAGCUCAGGAAAAUAUGGCUUCUUUGACCUAUUCAGAGAGCAAAAAGAGGGGUUGGGGAUUUAGCUCAGUGGUAGAGCACUUGCAUAGCAAGCACAAGGCCCUGGGU